UUUCUGACUUGUGGAAGGAAGGUACUAAGCUAGUGGCUAGUGGCUAGUGAGUGGCCUUCACUGUGUUCUUCACAAACAAAGAGAAAGAACCACAAACACAUUCUCUUAGGCUCUUUUUUUUAUUCUCCGGCCACCGGAGAAUCGCCGGAGGAAUGGAGGAGCCGAACUCCGAUUGCUGGCUGCCACCAGGUUGGACUGUGGAAGUGAGGGUGAGAAAGAAUGGUAAGAGAGACAAGUAUUACUUCCCCCCCUCAAGUGGACUAAAAUUCAAUUCCAAGGUGGAGGUAUUUCGCUAUCUUGACAAUGCUCAGAACAAAGUCAGCAUCCAGAAAAUCUCUCCUAAUGUUAUAGUUGAGAAAGCUAUUGCGGAAGGGUUACCACCAGGAAGGGUGAAAAAGACCAGAAUCACAACAAAUGGAGAUUCAGUUAGAAGAGAUACGUUCUAUAUUGACCCUGUAAAUGGUUAUACAUUCUGCUCAAUAAAAGAUGUUGAUUGCUAUCUUGAAUCUGGAGAGAUAGGAAGCUACGAAUUCAAGUCAAAAGACAAUGAUGGCACUGAUAUGGAGUUAAAAGCUGACAAAUCUCCUUCAACAAGUGUAACCGUGAAACCAACAUUAUCAAUUAGCAUGGGUCAAAGCUCAGACAUGGACAUGAUAGCUAAUGACCAACAGAUUCCAAGAUCUGCAAGUUCUGAAGAAUAUAUGUCUGUGCCCAUCUCUGAAUGUAUUUCCAAUCAGUGUGUCGUGGGCGCCAAACUGACCAGUUCAGUUCUAUCACUGGCUAAAAGUUCAGAUAAAAAACAAGGGAAGGUUGGUGUAGCUCAAAGCGCUUCGGUUUCUGGUUGCACUAACAAAGAUGCCGAAGAAAAGCAACUUCAAGAAAAUUCAGAGACAAAACAUGGCACUGAAAAAGCCCAGGCCAAAGAUCCCCAGUGCAAAAACAAGCACAAGAAAGAGAUCAAUUUGCCUCGCCGUGCUUCAAAGCGUCUUGCUGGAAUUAAGGUUGAUCCUGUUCCGGAACUUAAAAUAAGAAAUAGAGCACGCCGUGUUACAGUUAAACAAUCAGAGGAGGAGGAAACCAUCACAAAUGUAGAUAAAUCUGCCAACAGCUUGCUUGAUGGUCUAGCAAAACAGAAAUUAAAUAACGAGGAUACUGACAAGACUCUAGAAGUGCAAAGAAGCGACAAGGAAAAAGAAUGCUUCUCUUUUUCGUCUCUGGAGAGCAAUGCUACUGUGGAAGAGUGUGUGAGAGUCAUUGAAAAUGGAGAUAAAGUUGAUGCUAAGUUAGAUUACACCCUUGACUUUCCCCUCAGAGAACUACUAACAGACCCUUGUAUUGCAUUUGCCAUUCAAACACUCACUGGAGUAACAUUCGAAGCCUCCAAAGACUUACAAACUUUUUCCGAGUUAAAAAACAGCCUGCAUUCCAAAACUUCUGCUUCUGCCGCCGCCAUUGGCGAAGGCGAUGGUAAGAAAAGCAAUGAUGGGUUAGGUGGCAAUGAGUUCUCAUCUCCAGAGAACCUUGCUAUUCCACCAGAACAUGCUGGUGAUGCCAAAACUGAUUUAAAGGCCAAGAAUGAGAAUGCAGGACCAUCUUCUGAAAAGACACUUGACAUGUCAUCAUGGAUGGAUCCAUGCAUUGAAUUUGCUAUAAAAACUCUCACUGGCACCAUCCCAUCAGACUCUGCUGAUCAAAAUCCCAAGAACUGCCUCCAACAGCAACUCAGCUCAUCAAAUAGCCAACACAGUGAGAUGGCCUUGUCAAGUGUCAGUUUAGAUAACAUAUACAAAACUGACUACUCUUGCAGCCAAUACUUUGACACACAGAAACCAAUGUUUAAUAAACAGUCUUUUGUGGAUCCAUCACUGCAGCACACCAGAAAUAUAGGUAUUGGAAAUUCUGCUGGAUCCAGACUCUCUCACUGUGGUGAAAGAUACUAGAAGGAAUGUUUGUUAGAUCAGUAAACCAUCUUGUGCCUGAACUAACAUAAAGAUUGUACAGUUAGGAAAACUAAAAAAGCUUCCCACCCCAUGAAACCUUUAACCUAUCUCCUUUUGUUGUUAUGUUGUUCUGUGAUACUUUAAUUAGCUGAUCCUAUGUAUUUUGUAGAACAUGCUAUGGGUGGUUGUUAGUUACUAUCAUGUUAGCUUGAUUGUAGAACUGUGUCUCUUAUGGUGUCUAAUCUUAAGUUGAUUGUAGAAUCUUCCCAUCGUGUGACAUCAAAGUGGUAGCUGGUUGGACUUGGUUCUUAGAAUUGCAUUCCUUAAGGUAUAGAAUAAGCCAAAAUUCUUAUA